ACCAACAGUAAGUUAAGAGAGAGAGAGACUCAUUGAGUGACAUCACAGGUCCGUUAGUUACAUGAAUGAAUCACACGGGUCCACACCUCAGCUACCUGUCAGUCAGUCGUUGGGAGGGAAGGGAAAGCGCUCCGAAAAAUGAGCAAGCGAGUGGCUGGCGCGUAUGGCACGGCACGUAGGCACCCACACACUGCGAGUUGGCUGGUUGGUUACACAUCAUGAUGUGUGUCCACUGAUUGAUCCAUUUAUCCAUCCAUUCAUGGCUCGAUCACGACCACACAUCACAUACAGACAGAAACACAGACAGACAGACAGACAGACAGACAGACCCGGCAGGAAAGGCGGCACGGCACAUACAUCCCCGCUGCCUACUGAUAUGAUAGACGCCCCGCCCCCCUCUCUCGCCCAGCCCACGCCUCCUCCAUCCAUCCACACACACGCUCAUGCUCAUCUACCCACCCCAGCCAUCUACCAGAAGAAUCCAUUCCUCAAUCAAUCGGUUGUCAAUCGGUUGGUCUAUCUAUCUAGCACGGCGUGGCCUGUGACUUGGGCCCCCUGUCGGCGAGCCUCCGCAGUAUCUCUAUCAGCAGGCUUUUGUCCAGCUUCUCCAAACCGGGCUGCUUACCAAUCCUGAUGACCACACCACACCACACCACAACACAACACAACACACACCUGAUGGAUGGAUGGAUGGAGGCACAUGGACGUACCGGUCGAAGUGCGUGACGAUGAACUGCAGAGCCAUCUCGCGGACGGCCUCCACUUUGAGUGAGUGCGAGGCGGCGAAUAUGUCGAGCACGUGCUCCUCGUUGAAGCUGUUCUUGACCGACAGCUCGCAAAACGACCGCAGCCGCUCGUUGCUCAGCCCGUAGUAUCCCGCGGCCUCUAUCAGGUACAUGGCCGUGUGCGGCACCAACACCUUCAGCACAUUGUCGCCUGCACGCACACGCGCAUCCAGCCAUCCAUCCAUCCAGAUCGGUGGACGUGGUGGUGCGUGUCUUUGUGAUGUGUCUGUGCCAUGCCAUUGGCUGGCUGACCGGCGUAGCAGAAUCUGAGGAAUGUUCGGAAGGCUUCAGGGGUCAUGCUCUCGUCCGCCGGCACCACCAAAUAAUCAGCACGGCUCUCUGCAGACACACACACAAGACACCACACCACACACCCCAGGCCAAGUGCAGUGCAUGGUGUGUGCAUCACAUGGCGGCCGCCUUGUGUCGGUCGAUUCUUCACACGCUCCCACUCACAAACCGCCCACAAACCACCACUUACCUUGCAUGCCCGAUGUGACGCUAGCCGCCGCGAAAAAAUGACACCGAGCAGCCAACAAAAACUUGUGCGCCUGCAGUGCACAGACGCAAGGCACGGAAGGACAGAAGCACAGCACACAUGACAUGACCACACACCAGGUCACGCGGCCAUCCACCAUCCAUCCACAUUUCUCUCUCCCCUCUCCUCGUCUCAUCUGAUCUAAUCUGCUCCCUCUCACCGCAAUGGCCUCCCCCUGGCUGCCCUGUGUGCCCUCUACGACGACGGUGUAGUCGGAGAGUAUCUGCUCGAUGAGGAGCCGCUGCAGGUCCUCGGCCAGGCGGCGGGGCGGGAUGUUGAGCGAGCUGGGCUCGCCCGACAGGCCCCGCACGCUACUAAACAUAGACGAUAUAGCGCUGCUCAGAGGCAGCGAGGCCGUGGUGGACGACCAGCCACCUGGCGGGGGGGCGGCACUGGACGAUCCCGCACCACUGGCACUCUCUGCACAGACCACACAGACCCAACGGAUGGAUCGAGAAGCGAGGGGGUGGUGUUUGUUCGCUUGUGCGCGUGUGCGGGCGUGUGUGUGGGUGGGUGGGGGUUGGGUACCUAACCUACCUGCUUGUGCGGCCGCCCUUUGGUUGCCGAGCCUCAUCAGCUCGCAUAGCAACCUGCACACACAGAGAGAGAGGAGAGGGGAGGGUGACUAGACGCUUCUCGGUAUAGUUCGAACGUUCCGAUGCUGUCUCUUUCCGCCAGUCUGCCAAGGCAGACUGGGCUGGCUGGCUGGCUGGCUGUCGGUAUGUCUGUCUUACUUGGCCCCCAGCUGUUCGCACUCCUCUCGCUCGGCGCAGGCAGCGUAGUUGUGAAGGAAGAACUUCUUGCAGGCCGCCUCAAUGGGCGCCGUGUCGGGGGAGUCCUUGACGGCACGACUGAGCAGCGGGACCACGUUAGACACCGACAGACGAACUGCAGGGAAGGCACACAGCAGACAGACAGAAGCAGGGCUUGUUGUGUGGCUGUCUGUGUGUGUUGAUGUAGGUGUAGGUCUAGAGGGGUGUGUGUGUGUGGGUGUGUGUGUGGACUUUUGAUGUGUCGUUCGAUCAUGGCGGCGAGACGGGGGAUGUUGAAGCGGCGACCCGCAACGUACAGGUCAUACAAAUCAUUCACCCUGCACACCAACGACACACACACAGACGCACAUCCAUCCAUCAGAUUUCCGGAGCACGCUCCCCGCUUGUGUGUGGAUGUAAUGUGACUUACGGCAGCGUGCUAAAGGCCGGCUGGUCGCUGUAGAGGAAGCUAACGAAGUCCAUCAAAAUGCUCGGCAGCACGUUGACCCCCACCACAAUCGGCUCCAUCGGGCUCAGAUUCAAAGCGCUAAUGUCCGGCCCGCUCGCCGCCUCAUUCGCCGCCCCCUCCCCCUCCCGCCCAUCCAGCCCCUCUCCACCCAACUCAGCCUCGCUCCCCAUCUCAGGCCACUCCUGCGCGCCGCCCUCGCCUGCAGACGCCGCUGUCUCAUUGGUGUCGGCCGUCUCCUCCCCGUCAUCCGCCGACUGGCUCAGCGUCGCGUGUCGGUCGUCAUCCGGCGAUUCCCCAGCCGAGAACGACCCCACUGAGGCGGGGGCCAGCGCAGCAGCGGCAGAGGCGGCCCGGGAUGGCUCGAGUGCGUCUGCGGGUGCGGGUGGUUUCUCGCUGUCGCGGCCGAAGCUGGAUCGCUUUGCGGGGGAGGCGAUGGAUGAAGGGGGGCUCUCGAUGGUCGCGGCCGAAGCUGCCGAAGCCGGCCCGGCAGCAGCAGCAGCAGCAUCCGACACGGAGACAGGGACGGGUGGGGGCGUGGCGGCCGGCAUGUGCACCUUGACCUCAGGGGAGCUGAUGCACUCCUCCGCCAGCCUGACGGUGGUCUGCGUGCUCUCGCUGCUCCCGUUGGAACCAUGCCCCUCCUGCUGCUGCUGCUGGUCCAAACUCUUGACCCAAACCUCAUCAGCCCCAGCCGCAGACACAAUGCGCGGCCGCAUGUCCGACCCGCUCCCCCGCGACCACCGCCGGGACGACCGCGACCGGCGGGCCUCCUCGUCGCUGUAGACGUCCACAUCCACCUCGGGAAUGGUCCCCACCAGCCCGGGACUGGGCGGGCCGCUCCGCACUCCAGGGCCACCACCACUCACCGAGCGCGUCAAGCUCAAAUUGAUCAGCGCCAGGUCCUGCGGCGGGAUGUGGGCAUAGGCGCUCACUGCGGGCGGUGGGCGGCUGCCACCCGCCCCUGCGAACCCAGAGGGAGCUGGGGGGCUGCUGCGCUGCCGUGAGAGCUCCAGAGGGUCAUUCAGACCGGCGAGGCUCGGGUAGCCCGUGGCCCAGCUCGUGGGGCAGCCCCGGAAGGGCAACACCGACACGGAUGGCGUGGCGCUUCCGCUGGCGAGGGGUGCGAUGGGCGGCGUCUGUCCGCCCGGCCCCUGUGGCUGUGGCUGUGGCUGCGGGGGGUUGAAGCGGUUGGGUGAGGGGCCCAUCGGGGGGCGGCCGAACAAGUUGCGGGGCGUGAAGUACUGCCGGCGUGCUGCGCUCUGGCGGCCGGCAGCAGCGGCAGCAGCAGCAGAUGAAGAGGACGAAUCGCCGUCCCCCGGCUGAGUCUGAUGCAGCCCUUGCGGGCGUCCCCUGCCUCCGUCCGCCGGCCCAGCUGCCCCGCUGGGCGAUGUCGACGACCCACCCAGGCCGCCCAGAGACACUACGGCCUCCAUCAGGUCAUCCUGAUCGCCACCCAGUGCCGGGUAGGCAGGGAAAUGAGACGGCGAGGACUCCUCUGAGGUGCCGGUGGGCAGCCGGCGGAGGUCAGAGAAGGGCUGGUGUGCUCGCGAGUGGCCCUUGGCGCCGGCUUUGCCGUGCAGGUGCCCUCUGCGUGGCGAGCGAAUGCGGAAUGGUGAUUCGUCGGCGAAUAGGUCGUCUUCGUCAGUGGGUGGCGGGGGGCGGGUGAGCCGCUGGAUGGUGCGGGGGUCCAUGCCUUGGUGCUCGGCGAUGAUGCGCCAGAUGGAGGGGCACCGAACCAGCAGCAGGUGGGAGUGGCAAUGCACCGACACGGCACCCUGUUGACGUACGUGACGAGGAAGGACACGAACCAAACAAACACGCGGCAAUCUAAUCUGUUUUGUGUCUGCAAUCCUCUUUGCUCGCCUUGCAGGCCAGGCUCCAUUCUCACCGGUGGUUUUGACGGCAGGACCAUUCCGAGGUUGGCGCCAUAGGACGAAGCCGACCCGGCUGACGAUGCGGCCGAGCCGUCCUUGCCAAACCGACCUGCGGACCGUGACGAGCCGUUGGUGAGGCCGCCGUCGUGGCCUCCCUGUGUGGGUGACGACGCGGGCGGGCGGUCGGACCGCGGCGAGGAGUCUGGGUCUUCAUCUGACGGUGCCGCCACCAGGAUGACGUCGCAUGUGCCCUGCCAGGUGCUCUCUACUUGGCACUUCUCCAGUAGGUUCAGCAGAUCCUGACAUGACAACAGACAGACAGACAGACGGAUGGAUGGAUGGAUGUCGGUGUGGGUGUGGGUGGCCUGGCCCUGGUUGUGUGUGGUUGUGUUGUUUGUGACGUGACUGACGUACCUGUGCGAGUGUGCAUGGCGGGAUGGGUGGCGUGAUGGGCCCGAAUCUGAACUCGUAGCAGUCGUUGUGCCGUCGCAUGCCGCUCGACCCGCCAAACACUAUCAUGCACUCCUGCAAAGAACCCUGAGCAAACCCAACACACACCACACCACACCACACCACACCACACACAGGCAGAGAGAGGGCAUCCGUUCGUCCAUCCGUCCGUCCGUAUGGAUGUACAAGUCAGUCGUCAAGUGGGCGUGGCGUGUGCAUUGCAAUGCAUUCAUUGGUCGGUGAUUUCCUACUCUGCGGAGGACGGCAGCGUGGAAGUCACGGCCAUGGGGAGGGGACCCCAUCACAGACACGCGGGACCAUAUCUGAGGACAGCCAUACAUCACACACAUAGCUUAUCAUGGGCAGCCCUGAAUGCAUUGCAUUCCCCUUGUCUCUCAUCUCAUCUCAUCUGCAGCUCCCUCCCUCCCUCCCUCCCUCCCUCCCUGACCUACCCGUCUCUCCAGGUCCAGCUGCAGCAGGUCGUCGUGACGCACCCCGUCAUUGCCGCCAUACAAGUAGAUGUACUUGCCUGUUAAAGAACGACACACAGGCAGGGACGGAGGGAGGGAGGGAGGGAGGGAGGGAGGGAAAAAGCCACCGCCACAGCAAUGCAUAUAUAAUGAUUGUGCAUGUCGUGUACCUCUGAGUACGGCGCUGUGUGCGUAUCUUCCGUCGGAGAGGUCGGUGCCGGUGCAGGGGAACCUGCGCCACAUGUUGGUGGUGAAUCUGAAGGUGAAGACGUCCCCAUAUCGCUGGUGGCCGCUGCCGCCCACGAUGUACAUGACGUCGUCCUUCACCAUGCACUGAUGGCUGGAAGUAAGACACACACACACACACACGUCGAUCAAAGGCACCACCCUUGGCUGGGUGGGUGUGUUGGUGUGUGUCAUGUGUGUCUGUCUGUCUGUGGUUUGCUUGCUGGCCGACCGGUAUCUGCCGACAGGUGCGUCUCCGCUGGUCACGACCAGGUCCCACGUCUUGGUGCAGAUGUCAAACCGAUACAUCUCUGUCGGGUAGUUGGUCUGACACACACACACACACAGAACGACACACAGAACCACACACAGACAGACAGAAUGUGUGCGUGUCUUGUGGUCUGCUGCUCACUCCCUGACUGACCCCGUGAGUGCCGCCCCAGACGUAGAGGCCCUCCUUGUAGAGGACCAUGGACUGGCCGUAGCGAGCCGACGGGCGGUCCUCGGUGGGGUUGGCCAGCAGCACCCACGUCUCGGUGGCGAAGUUGUACAUGUGCAGGUCUCGCUUGUUGGUGUACCCGAAGUGCGAACCAGACCCGCCGAACACGUACAUCACACCACCUAUGUCGUCAGCCACCGCUGAGUGCGACGCGCGACCCGACGGCCGCUCGCCGCGAGCGUUGACGCACCGCCACACGCGCGUGUCGAUGUCCAACUCUAAAUGGAGGGAGGGGAGGAAGGAAGACAUGCCAUGCAUGUGUCUGUGUGUUGGUGCUGGUGUGUGGGUGCGGCGCGGUGCGUACCGUAUACAUCAUCGAAGCAGUUGGCUCCGUCGAAGCCUCCGAAGACGUACAGGUACCUCUCUUUGUAGAGGACGCAGGUGUGGCCACUCCGGUUGGCCGGCAGCUCCCCCGUGCAUUCCAGCUUAUCCCAGUAGCCCCGCACGUGACGAUCAGCGUUCAUGGUAGUGGUAGGUAGGGAGACUGACUAACAAGUUAAACACUGAUCGGCAACUCAACUUCGCCACCACACCAAAUAAGAAUC